AUGUCUUCAGCUAAUUACAUGUCUCCCACUUCCUCGACAACAACGCCAACAUGGCAUCAGUUCGAGCGAAAGGUCGAUGAGGUCAAACCCUCCAAAACUGAUAUCAACUAUCUAGUGAUGGAUUACCUCAUUACCAAUGGCUACCCAGCUGCUGCAAAGAAAUUUGCAGUUGAGGCCAACAUACAACCCAGGGCGGACAUUGAGUCUAUCCAGGAAAGAGUAGAGAUUCGCACUGCGAUUCAUUCUGGCAACAUUCAAGCUGCAAUCGAGAAGAUCAAUGAUCUCAACCCACAGAUUUUGGAUGAAAAUCCGUCUCUGCAUUUUGCAUUGCUUCGCUUGCAGCUUGUGGAAUUGAUCCGUACGUGCAUGUCAACGCCCAAUGGUGACAUCAGUCCUGCCCUCGAGUUUGCGACCUCACAGCUCGCUCCGCGGGCGCCCACCAACCCUCAGUUUCUCGAGGACCUUGAGCGCACCCUUGCUCUUUUGAUCUUCCCUUCUGAGAACCUGGCGCCAUCCCUGGCGCCAUUGUUGCAUCCUGACCUACGUAAAGACAUUGCUACCAGGGUAAAUGAAGCUAUCCUGCAAAGCCAGGGUGCCCGUAAAGAAGCUCGGCUGCGCAAUCUGGUUAAGUUGCGCGCCUGGGCGGAACAGAAAGCCCGAGAAGCCAAGAAGGAUCUUCCUGAGAAGCUGGACCUCGGACUCCAUGAUGGCAACAACGUAAAGAACGCUCAGAGCGCCAGUCAGAAUGGUGCUUCGAAUGAUACUGUAAUGGCCAACAACGGAGAUGUUGACCCGAUGAUUUCAUGA